GGGCCUCAGUGUGUCGACUCCCAGUCUAGAGAGUACAACGAAAAACUUACAAAAUUAGUGCCAACAUCAACUAAAUUCUACAACUAUAUUUGUUCUUAACAUUCAUUACAUUGGUUUAUUACCCAAAAAACUAGCUAUGCCGAGAUAUCCGAACCCAAACAAAAAAAACAAAAGAGGCGAAGUAGCGUCGGUCCGCGAAAAACAGGUCGAAAUCCCUGUAAAAGAUUCAGUAGACAUCCCGAGUCCUCGUAGUCUCGAAGAUUGUGAUGGAGCAAACGCCUCCUCGAAAAGGGCCAGCCGCGGUCAACGGCCAAGUCAAUCAAAAAAGCCAAAAAGUACUCUAAAACGUCCUAACUUUAAGAAAUCUGAAAAAUGCGUGGCUAAAAAAUCGACUAUAUUGAUGGCCCUGCAGCAGAAUGAAAAUCUUGGUGACAUCGUAUCGGAGAAAUCUCCCGAGCCACAUAAAUCGGUUAUUUUGAGAACGAUGGUGAGCCUGGGAAGAGGAGUGUUUGGCUUCAUAAAGAAGAGCCUUUACAAUGCUGAGCCUGAGCCUGAGCCUGAGCCUGAGCCAGAGGCGGAGAAUAGUUCCGAACCAAUGCCGCAGCAGUCUGUAUCUCAGGAAGGUGAAACUGAAAAUGUAGAGCAAUUGCCUCUGGAGGAGGAUCCUCCUGUUCUGAUGCCACAGCAGUCUGAAACUCAGGAAGGCACAACAGCAAAGGAAGAGCCGACUAAUUUGGAGAAAGUUUAAUGUUUUGGAGGAAGUUCUCUCUGCUAUGAUUAUUUAACGCCUUUUCCGUAACCAAUUAUGUAUUUUGCAGUUUGUAUUUAAUUAGGGCACAUGC